AUGGGGAACGCUCUGAGGAAAGACAAAACGGCCCAGGGAUCAUCCUUUGGAACAAAUCUAACAAAUCUAACACGUGUGUAUGAUCUGUUUUCGAAAUGUGGUCAAGGUAGAUCGAAGAAGGAGGGAAAUGUAAAAAGGACUGACAAUGCUGGAUUGACAAUGCAAGAUGAGAAAAAGAAAAAACAAAAAACAAAUUUUCUCCUAAGAGCAAUAGCGGAUAUGACGAAAGGUGAAAAAGCACUUCUUGCAAUGGCCUUACUAUUUUUAGCCAUUAAUGCAUACACGAAUUUAAGUUAUCCAAAAAUUAUGGGUGAAUGUGUUGAAAUGAAAGGUUCUUCAGAGUAUUCAUCUGGCUUGUGCAGUGGAAGGUUAAGUAAAUGUAAUUUCAUUGGAAGUAUAUUUCAGAAGAACAAGAUUUUAAAGAAGCUUUUUUUACAGAAAUUAGAUAAUAACAUCAGUGGAGUUUGUUUUUUUUUUCCAUAUUUUAUAUGUGGAGGAAUAGCAUCAUAUUUUCGAAUAUUCUUUACAAAUAAAUGUAUUAAGAAAGUAGAAAACCGAUUAAAGAAACAAGUGCAUAAUAAAAUAAUUACUGAGAAUAGUGAAAAUUUUAAGUCUUCUAAAUCAUCAGAUUAUCUUGUUAAUUGCAUAUUUAACGAAAUAAAAUUCUCUGCAAAGGAAUUAAUUACAUCUAUUACUCAGACAUUACGGUAUACUAAUUCCAUAAUUGGUGGUAGCAUAUCCAUGAUAUGUAUAUCUCCAUACUUAACAAAAUUAUGUGGUAUGGUCGUUCCAACUUACGGUUUUCUUGUUUUACUUAUUUUAAAAAAAUUAAAAAAUAUUAAAAUUGAGACUUCAAAUUAUGAAGAAAAACAAAUGGCACGAUUAUCAGACAGUUUACAGAAAAAAAGUGUCAUUUCAUUCUUUGGUAAUGAAUGUUAUGAAAAUAGUUAUUUUUCAAAAAAUUUAAAAUAUAUGGAAAAAUUAAAUGAAAGAUAUACAAAUUGUGAAUCUUUAUUUUAUUCUUUUCUAAAUAUUGGUAGUAAUGUUGUUAUAUGUUCUAUUCUAUGUUUUGGAAAAAGUGAACUUAGUAAGAAUAACAUCACACAUGGACAGUUAGUUUCAUUUAUUGCUUUUAGUAGUAUGUUAGCCUUAGGUAUAGUUGGUAUACUAAAGUUGAAAAAAGACAUGGGUAUUCUUCAUUUGCGUUUACAAAAAAUUUACGAAAUAAUUGAUUUUCCACAUGAGGAACAUCAACAUAAAAUGAAAGAUCUCCAGAAGAAGAAACUCAUCAAUAAAAUAGAAAACUUAAAGAAUAUUGUAAGUAACACUCAUGAAAAAAGUGAUAUUACUACUACUACUUCUACUACCUCAGGUGUAGAGAUCAUCCCGAAAAAUAUUCGUGGUUGUAUAAAAUUUAAAAAUGUUUAUUUCGCAUAUAAUAAUUUCGAUUCUAAUAAGAGAAAAGAAGUUUUAGAAAACAUAAACUUAGAAAUAAAGGAAAAUGAAAAGGUAGCCAUUAUAGGAAAAAGUGGAUCUGGAAAAUCAACCCUCUGGAAAUUGUUAAUGAGGGAAUAUGAAUACCAAGGGGACAUAUACAUUGACAGUUAUAAUAUCAAAAACAUAAACAAGAACUAUUUUAAAAAAUGUAUUAUAUCUGUUAGUGAACAGGACUGUUCAAUUCUACAUAGAUCAUUGUAUGAAAAUAUAGUCUAUGCAUUACUCCCUCUAACAAUUCAAAACGAAAAGGAAUUACCAAAAAUUAUUACGGAAAAUGCACAACAAGGUGGAGAAAUUCUAGAUAGAAUAUUUUCUCUUCUGGAUUCUCAUCAGGUUGAAGAAUCCAUUCAGCACUUCUCUAUAGAGGAAGACAAAAAAAAAGAAGAUACUUCCUCAUUCCCUAUGUUGCAGUGCAAUCCCCAAUUAAUUUCAGAGUUGGGAGAAAACAGUCCCAUUUACAAAGACAAACAGGAACACAUAAAGGAGGAAGAAGAAGAAGAAGAAGAAGAAGAAGAAAAGGAAAAGAAAAAGAAAAAAAUCACACAGCAUCAAAUUGGAACAAUCGAUAAUGUCAAUGUGGGUAGGAGGAAGGAUGAGAAAAGUGUUGUUAGUAAUAAAAAAUCUCUACCAAAUGAAAAAAUUAAUUACGAACUUUUGAAUGAUUAUGAAAGUGAUAAAAUCAACCUUAUAAACUCAACAGUAAGUGUACUAUGUGAAGAGUUAGAUUUAAAUCAUUUUAUUUAUUCCUUGCCUGAACAUGUUCAUACAAAUAUUCAAAACAAUAAUAUGUCAUCUGGACAAAGACAGAGAAUAUCUAUUAUCCGUUCUCUUAUGAAAGACACUCCAAUAUACAUUUUCGAUGAAAUUACAUCUUGUCUAGAUGAAUCAAAUAUAGAAAAAAUAUACAAUCUUAUUAAUACACUUAUACCCAAUAAGACAAUUAUAUAUAUUACUCAUUCGAUAAACAUUUUAAAACAAAUGGAUAAAAUUAUUCUUGUUGACCAAGGAAAAAUAACAUCCAUAGGGACAUAUCAUGAGAUUAAAAAUGACCCACGUUUUAUGGAUAUUUUUUCUCGUUCAGCAGUUUCCCCAUAA